UUCCUAGUUUAAAGGUCGAAGACGUUUAACGCAUGCUUCCUGGAACGGGAACAACAACAAACUGCUGAAUUAGCCAAACGUUAACAUUGCGUUUACAUUUCUUAUUUUUUUGAAUUGGUACCGUUGCUCCAUAUUGACAGAAAUGUCCGGAAAGGCCAAGGAUAUCCUACAGAUGGACCUGUAUGGUUUACUUGGUAUUGAAAGCACUGCUACAGCAAAAGAGAUCAAGAAAGCUUAUCGACAGAAAGCCUUGACAUGCCAUCCAGACAAGAACCCAGACAACCCAAAAGCAGUGGAGCUCUUCCACCAGUUGUCCCAGGCUCUCGAGGUGCUAACGGAUGCUGCUGCCAAGGCUGCCUAUGACAAGAUUUGCACUGCCAAGAAACAGGCAGAAGAAAGAACCCGGAAGCUAGAUGACAAGAGAAAAAAAAUUAAGCUUGACUUGGAGGCCAGAGAGCAACUAGCAGAAGCUCAGAGUCAGGAAGAGGUGCAAAACACUAGAACCCUUGAAGAAGAGAUAGCCCGUUUGAGAGAAGAGGGAUCCAGGCAGCUUGAGGAGCAACAGAGGCUCAUCAGAGAGCAGAUCCAGAGAGAAAGAGAAGAGCAGCAGCCGCAAACAGGAGUCUACAACUCAGGAGUGGAGAGAUGUUCCAAGAGCAAUGUGACCCCCAAAUUGAAGUUAAAGUGGAAGUGUAAAAAAGACGACGAGACAAAUGGAGGCUACUCUCAAGACAUUCUUUUCAGACUUCUACAAAAGUAUGGAGAUGUUUCAAAUGUGAUUGUAUCGAGAAAGAAGAGAGGAAGCGCUGUGGUUGAAUUUGCAACAGUGAGAGCAGCUGAGCUGGCAACUAAGAACGAAAGUGGCCUGAGUGAAAAUCCUUUGAAGAUUUCAUGGCUAGAAGGACAGCCCGAGGUUAUUGCUCCAGCAUCUCAACCUGGCCACUUCAUGUCUUUACAGGUAUGGUCUGCUGCUUAUCCUCUAAAGGAAGUCAGCCAACUUAAGACUUCCAGUAUAAAAAGAAACUGUCCUGUAAUUGUCCUGUAUGUAAGUGAAUCAUACCUCUUCAUAUUUUGUUUUGGGGGAACAUGAUGUUUUACCGUAACGUCUGUCAGAAAUCAUGACACUUCACUUUGGAACA